AGACACUUCCACGCCUCACCCACCUCCUUCGCAACCAAGGAUCCCUACAAAGUGCUGGGCGUCGAGAGCGGAGCUUCCGCCGGCGAGAUCAAGAAAGCGUACUACGGCCUAGCGAAGAAAUACCACCCGGAUACCAACAAAGAUCCCAAAGCGAAGGAGCGCUUCGCAGACGCACAGUCCGCUUACGAGUUACUUUCCGACGACAAGAAGAAAGCCGCUUGGGAUCAAUAUGGCGCAGCUGCGUUCGAUCAAGGCGCCGGGUUUGAUCCUUCGGGAGGCGCUGGAGCCGGACCGGGUAAUCCGUUUGCCGGCGCGGGAGGGUUCGGUGGGUUUGGUGGCGGCGCGAGUGGUGGGUUUGGCGCGGAGUUCAAUUUCGAGGACUUGUUCUCGGCAUUUGGAGGCGGAGGCGCAAGAAGGGGGAGGGGAGGCAGGAGUGCGCCGUUUCAGGAGGAGGUUAUGGUGGGGGAGAAUAUCGAGGUGCAGACCAACAUUUCUUUCAUGGAUGCGGCGAAGGGCGUGCAGAAGGACAUUGUGAUUACGCCGUUGGUGCAGUGUAAGACGUGCACUGGCAGCGGCUUGAAAAAGGGAAUUAGCCGGAGUUCGUGUAAGAGUUGUGAUGGCACGGGUACGAAGGUGCAUUUCAUGCAGGGUGGCUUUCAGAUGGCGAGUACGUGCAGCACGUGCGGUGGGACCGGCGUGCAGAUACCGAAGGGCGGCGAGUGCGGCACGUGUCGUGGGAAUGGUGCGGUCAGAGAACGACGAACGGUGACGGUGGACAUUCCUGGCGGCGUGGAAGACGGCAUGCGUUUACGGGUCAUGGGCGAAGGCGACUACCCACCUACCGGCCAAGCUGCGAACCCCAAGGCGAGCACGCAAAAGGGCGAUUUGUACGUCUUCAUCCGCGUGUCGCCGGAUUCGAAAUUCUCCCGCAACGGCUCGGACGUGCUAUAUACGGCCUCGAUACCUCUCACGACCGCCGUCUUGGGAGGUGAGAUCAGCGUACCGACACUCGAAGGCGAAGUAAAAGUCAAGGUCGCCACCGGCACAGGCACGGGCGACAAGAUCACCUUACCCGGCAUGGGUAUGAAGAAGCUCAGUUCUCGACGCGGCAACAAUGGCGACCUGAGAGUAGAGUUCAAGGUACAGAUGCCGAAGUACUUAUCCGUCAAUCAACGAACGAUCGUUGAGAUGUUGGCGGAUGAGAUGGGCGACAAGUCCGCCAAGCGGGUCAUGAACCUGAAUCAAUUCAAGCAGGAACCACCGAGCUCGUCACCGAAGCAAGGGCAGAAUGCGGAUGAGCAUAAGAACGAGGGGUUUCUGAAGAAUAUGUGGCAUUCCAUGACCGGGCAGCAU